ACUUUUCGUUCUUUUUGCAUAGCGCGUGGCAUCGUGUCAGUCCAUUGUCGGUUUGACUAAUUUUUUCCGUAAAUUUCUCCAACAAAAGACCAUUUAAACAAAAUGAAAUUGUUCAAGGACCUCAUCUCCGGCGACGAAAUGUUCUCCGACACCUAUAAAAUGAAGCUCGUCGAUGAUGUAAUCUACGAAGUUUACGGAUCUUUAGUUAGUCGCUCCCAGGAUGACAUCAAAAUCGAAGGUUUCAAUCCAUCUGCCGAAGAAGCCGACGAAGGCACCGACACCAAUGUCGAAACUGGCGUCGAUAUCGUUCUCAAUCACCGCCUGCAAGAGUGCUUUGCUUUCGGCGACAAAAAGUCCUACACCCUUUACCUUAAGGACUACAUGAAGAAGCUCAUCGCCAAACUUGAAGAAAACUCCCCCGACCAAGUCGAUAUUUUCAAGACCAACAUGAACAAAGUCAUGAAGGAAAUCUUGGGCCGCUUCAAGGACUUGCAAUUCUUCACCGGCGAAUCUAUGGACUGCGAUGGUAUGGUAGCUAUGUGUGAAUAUCGCGAUAUCAAUGGAAAGAGUACACCCGUUUUCAUGUUCUACAAACACGGUCUCGAAGAGGAGAAAUUAUAAGGCAAGCACAAUGGCUGAACAAUAUCAUCAUAAAUUAUAAAAAUAAAAAUUUUAUUUCAAUUCAAUUUUUUUUUAAUUUUUCACAUAACAUACUCUAAGUAAUUCAAUUUUUAUUUUUUGUUAGUUUUUUUAUUUAAUUUUCUUUUUAUAUACAAUAAGAUGAAAAGCUACUCAAAUAUUUAACAAACAAGCGAUAAAUAAAAAUUGUACCGUGAUUGUAGAAUGAGACAAAAUACUUUUUAUUGUAAAACAACAAUUGUUCAUCGAUAUUAAUGAUAUAAAAUUCAUAAUGAGAACGAAAUGAAAAA